AAAGCAAUUUAUUUUUUAAUAUAAAUAAUAUUAAAAAAGAUUUUUAAUUAAAGAAAAAAUAUAUGAGUGUAUGAAGUUCAUUAAGUUACUGUUAAUUAAGUACAUUUGUAGUAAAAGACUGCUGCACUUUACUGUUAGUCAGUUUCAAAGUGGCCAUGGCAGUGACUAGAUUAAGAAAAUAUACUUGUUUCAUUUUUUAUAUUAUAACAAUGAUAAAUAUUAAUAAGUGUUAUACACAAUCGCAAUAUAUGGAUGAUUCUGACUAUAAAGAUUUAAAAUUUUAUGAAGAUAUGCCAAUUAAUUAUAUUGAAAACUUUGAUAAAGAUCAUAUGGAUAUGAUUCAAGACGAUUUUUAUAUUUUAAGCAAUUUUGAAGAUGCUAACUUACAAAACAAUCUUUACUUUCAUAAAAAUAAUCUUCAAAUACCGUUUGAAACUAACAGUGAUUCGUUCAAAAAAAAAUCAUCAGUUGAACACUUAGAAUGGUAUAAACCUGAAAAAAUAUAUCGAUAUACGAAACAUCGAAUUCCUGGAUACGAUUAUGAAGAACUUGAUUAUAUGAUUACAAAAAAUUUUCAACAAUGUGAUGAAAGAUCCAUUUGGACCCAUUGUCUUUGUCAAUUCACGUGUUCUGAACCAGAUAUGGUAGAUUGUUAUACACCAUGUAAAAGUGGAUGCGAAUGCAAAGAAGAAUAUGUUUUUGAUGAAAAAACACAACAAUGUUUGUUACCAGAACAAUGUUUUCCAAAAGAAGAUAAUUUUUAUAUCACAUAAUUUAUGUAAUUUGACAUAUAAAAAAUGCAAUGCUUUUAUUUUAUUUUAAAUGCUAAUGUUUUGUGUAAUAU